UUACAGGUAAAAGUAUUUCCGUAGUAUACGAUCCCUGUCAAUACGUAUGUCACUUUAAUCAAGAUGGAGUCGAACCCGGAUUCAUGGAGAUAGAAACAUUCCCGAUUCUGGAACCUAAUUAUGCGCUGCAGAACAAAGACAUUGCAGAGUUUAAAAAUCAUUUAAAAAUAACAUCUCUAACUGACGUCGGUUAAAAUAAGGAAACACAGAAGAAGGCUGACAGGCGAUAUAAAGUGGUAAAGGUGACUACUUCUAAAUUGAAUCAGGUGGGACAUAAGAUGAAGUAUUGUUUACCUAGACUGUUGGCACUAUUGUCCUUUUACUGGGUAAAUUGUGAAGAUUCCUCAAUUCAAAGAUUUGAUGGUUGGUAUAACAAUCUAGCAUUUCCAAGGUGGGGAACGGCAGGAGAAAAAUUGGUUCAUAACAUAUCUUCUGUUUAUGAAGAUUAUACAUAUCAGCCGACUUGUUCCGGACGACCUAGUGCCAGACUAGUGAGCAAUGCUCUGUUUAGACAGAACACAAGUACAGAUUCAGGAGGAUCAUAUAACAACAGGACAGCUUUCUUUGCUUUCUUUGGACAACUUGUAUCGUUCGAAGUUUCCGAUACAGAUGACACAACUUGUCCUAUUGAAUUGCUGGAAAUCCCAGUCCCUAAAUGUGAUCCAGAUUUCGAUGCACAAUGUACUGGUACGAGAAAGAUGCCAUAUGAGAGAAUAAAGUAUGACAAACACACAGGACAAUCUCCUAACACGCCACGACAGCAGGUUAAUAGUGCGACUAGUUUUAUUGAUGGAAGUUUUGUCUAUGGGCCAAGUAUUGUGCGGACCAAUUUUCUGCGACAAGAUAGGACAGGACACUUGGCAUCUGGAGAUAGUUGGGGAAAAUAUCCAGAGCCAAAUGUUGAUAGAUUACCAUACAUGAUGUAUCCCAGUAUUGAUGGGAAAAUGAGCAAUGUAGAUAAACUGUGGAAAAUGGGAGACAAUCAUGUCCAUGAGAAUCCAGCUAUAUUGUCUUUAGGAAUCCUGUUCUUCAGAUAUCACAACUAUCUUGCCACCAAGCUGCACCGAGAGCAUACAAACUGGCAUUACAGAAAGGUUUUCUACAAUACAAGGAGGAACGUCAUUGCUUCACUACAGAAAAUAAUAAUGUAUGAUUGGCUUCCUGAUCUUCUUGGAGUGGGUAUCAAGCCAUAUACAGGAUACAGGUCCUCUUUAGAGCCAGGAAUAUCAUCAGUAUUUGAUGCAGCAGCUAUAAAGUAUAUUAUGACUUUAGUUCCAUCAGCUAUCACCAGGAGAAACAAUAAUUGUAAAUCUAUUAGUUGGGACGAUCAUAAAGCAGUUAGGCUGUGUAAUUCUUAUUUCAAUUCACAGAACAUAUUACUGAGUAGAGAAGAUGGAGUGGAAGAAAUGAUAAUGGGAAUGGUAUCAGAGUCAGCAGAGAAAGAAGAUUUGAAUAUAGUUGAAGAUAUACAGAGCAAGUUUUAUGGUCCACUUCACUUCUCACGCCAUGACUUUGUAGCCCAAACAAUAAUGAGAGGACGCGAUUAUGGUCUUCCAGACUACAAUUCUGUAAGAAAGGCUGUAGGCUUGAAACCUGUGUCAACCUGGGCUGAAAUCAAUGUAGAAUUGAAUAAAACUAAUCCUGAGAUAUUUGUUACUGUAGAGAAUAUCUAUAAAGAGUUGAAACAUCUGGAUGUAUUUGUUGGAGGGAUGCUGGAAACAACACCAUCAGGACCAGGGGAACUUUUCAGAAUUAUCAUCUUAGAUCAGUUUUAUAGAAUAAGAGAUGGAGACAGAUUUUGGUUCGAAAACAAAGACAAUGGAUUGUUUACAGAGGAACAAGUUGAACAAAUAAAGAACAUAACUUUGUAUGAUAUCAUUGUUAAUUCUACAAAGUUAGAUACAGACCAUAUACAGAGAGAUGUUUUUACUGUUUCUCAAGAAAUGCCAUGUAAACCAUUGAGAAUCAGUACCAGUGAACUUGAACCUUGUGGAAGUCACCAUGGUUACGAUUAUUUUGCUGGUAGUGAAGUAACAUACAUUAUUAUAUGGACAUGUUUUGGACUUAUACCUUUGGUCUGUAUUCUGUGUGCGUACAUAGCAGCUAAAUGUCGUCAGUGGAAACAUAGUCGCCAUGUUAAACGUCAGCAACAUUACAUUGGCAAUCAACAAAGAAAUAAUGAUUUGUCUACUAAUAAAGAGAGUGAAUUUCAGUAUCAAGCAGAGGAAUGGUUAGGUGCAAAAGAAGAUUCCCGUCUAGUGUCUGUUCAACUGAAAUUGAAAUGUCAGCUUAGUGUCCUUAGUGCAAGGGGAACACGUCUGAGGACCAUAAAUAUGGAUUUUAUUGAAGAAGUUCAAAUCUGGAUCAGUAACAACAAAGGACAGAAGACCAUUGUUGUGAAAAUGCCAAAGGAAUAUGACAUGAUCCUAGUUUUUCCAAAUUACAACAUGCGAUCAUCUUUCUUGACAAGUCUGACUUCCACUCUGAAGAGGUAUGGUAAAAAGUAUACCAUUAUGGAGAUGAGGCUCAAAACUAUAUAUGACCAAGCUGUUACCCAAAAAAAAAGAAACAUGCAGUUAGAAAAGUUCUUUAAAUCUGUAUUCUCAGAGGCAUUUGAUAUGGAUUAUGAUCCAAACUUAGAGAAUCACGGAGUAGAGACAGCACAAGUUAAAGAAAUGUUAUCAAUUGAACUCACUAAGGAAGAAUUUGCUCAUGCUCUGGCAUGUAAACCAGAUUCAGAGUUUGUAGAAAACAUGUUUAGUUUGUUAGAUUCUGAUAGAAAUGGGUACAUCUCAUUCAGAGAUUUCCUCAAUGCUGUUGUAUUGUUUUCUAAAGGAACUUGCCAGGAGAAACUACAUUUACUCUUUAGAAUGUUUGAUAUGGAUGGAAAAGGAUGCCUUCAAAAGGAAGAAUUAUCUAGAAUGUUUGGUUCUUUGUUGGAAAUGGCAAAUAAUAACAUCAGUAAACCAGAUUUAGAGAGUUUGGUGGAGUCUAUGUGCUCAGAGAAUGGACUAAAUGACCAAUCAUCUUACAACUUUGAGGAUUUCUGCCAGUUGUUAUCUCCACAGAUGGACAAAAUCUGGAAUGCUGGAUUAGAGUGGAAAGGUAGAAAGAAUUGUUACCCAUCAAACGACAAGAAAAGAAUAGGAAAAUCCCCUAAAGCAUCACCAAAACCUAAGAAAGUUUCACCUAAAGCAUCUCUGAAUGAAUUAUCCAAACUUUCUCCCAAUUCAUCUCCGAAAAAUUCACCUUACCCAGACAAGAGUAUUGAUAUUGGAAGACGAAAAUCAAGCACACCCAACAUUGAAAAUCGUAGAAAAUCCAGUAUUCAGCCUUCAACAUGCAGUGAUGAUAGCAGAUCAAACAGUCUUAAGUCCAGUAACUUAAGUGAUGCCAAGUUUGUAGCUGUCAGGGAAAAAUAUUCACCGCUAAAGUCAAAACUGAAAACAGUAGCACACUUUAUUGAAAACAACAGACAACAUAUCUUUUUUCUUGUUCUGUUUUUUGGAAUAUGUCUUGGAUUGUUUACAGAAAGGUUCUACUAUUACACAGUUGAAAGAGAACACAGUGGAUUACGGGCCUUAAUGAGUUACGGUAUAAGUACCACUAGAGGAGCUGCUGCAGCAAUGAGUUUUACCUUCUCAUUGCUAUUACUUACAAUGUGUAGGAACAUGAUCACAUGGUUACGUGGAACAUUCCUGAAUCUCUACAUUCCCUUCGAUUCUCAUGUGGCAUUCCAUAAAGUUGUGGCAUGGUCAGCUUUAUUUUUUACUGGAUUACAUGUGAUUGGAUAUAGUAUUAACUUCUACCAGCUAGCCACACAACCAACUAAACAUUUGUGUGUAUUUGACUCUGUUGUUCUCAGAACUGAAGCUUUGCCAGGUUUUGAGUUUUGGUUCUUUGGAAAUAUGACUGGUUGUACUGGUGUUUUGCUAGUGGUUGUAAUCUGUAUCAUCUAUGUGUUUGCUACCCAGACAGCCAGACAAUUUAUAUUUAAUGGUUUUUGGCUGACACACAAACUCAUCGUCAUCAUGUAUGUUUUGACUAUACUGCAUGGUGCAUCAGUGAUUGUACAGAAGCCCAUGUUCUUUGUCUACUUCAUUGUACCGGCCAUUCUUUUUGCCAUGGAUAAAAUGAUUAGCUUGAGUAGGAAGAAAACAGAAAUAGCAGUACUAGGAGCAGAAAAGUUACCAUCAGACAUCACUUUCCUUCAAUUCAAAAGACCAUCUAAAUUUGAAUACAAAUCUGGUCAGUGGGUUAGGAUUGCCUGUCUGUCGCAUGGCAGAAAUGAAUUCCAUCCAUUUACCAUCACGUCUGCCCCUCACGAGGAUACUCUGUCUCUACACAUAAGAGCUCUUGGUCCAUGGACCUGGAAUAUUAGGAACCUGUUUGAUCCUGAAAGUCUCAAAGAUGGACCAUAUCCAAAGCUAUUUUUGGAUGGUCCCUAUGGAGCUGGACAACAAGACUGGUACCAGUAUGAAGUGUCUGUAUUAGUAGGAGCAGGUAUUGGAGUUACCCCAUAUGCAUCCAUUUUGAAGGAUUUUGUUCACAUGGCACAAAUGCGAAGUACAUACAAAAUGAAGUGUCAGAAGUUAUACUUUAUAUGGGUAACGGGCAGCCAGAGACAUUUUGAAUGGUUAUUGGACAUCAUCAGAGAAGUAGAAGAGGUGGACCAGAAGGGCAUUGUCUCUAUUGAUAUAUUUAUCACUCAGUUCUUCCAGAACUUUGAUCUCAGAACUUGUAUGCUGUAUAUUUGUGAGGAGCACUUCCAGAAGUUGUCAGGUGGUCGUAGUCUGUUUACUGGAUUGAAAGCUACCACUCAUUUUGGCAGACCACAACUCAGUACUAUGUUUCAAGCAGUACAUAAAACACAUCCUAUGGUACGUAAAGUUGGUGUUUUCAGUUGUGGGCCACCAGGUUUGACAAAAAGUGUGGAAGUUGCAACAAAAGAUGCCAGCAAUACAACAAAGGCUUUGUUUGAACACCACUUUGAGAACUUUUAAUUUGGAAUAUAUGUGGGGAUUUACAAUUUAGUUAAGAAAUGAUUUGGUUGUAUAUCAAUUUUUUAUUUUAUUCUCAUGUACAUUUGACGAAAAAAAAAUGGUUUAUUCUGUUAUGAGGGGAAGAUUGUCAAUAGACGCUGUUUAUUCUAUUGAUACCUCAUCUAAACAAUUGGCGAAUAGAUUAAAAUUAUUAAAUACAU